UUGACCAUUCACAGUCAAAAUAGUCAGCAUAUUUGAGCUCGACUAUUUUAUAAGAAUUUGGUCAAUCAUAUCAAUUUCAUUGAUCAUGGCCGUUAAUUUUCAACAGUUGAAUGAAUGGACAAAUGAUCUGCUAAAUGAGUUUUUCAACCGAAUUCUCGAUGUCUGCUGCGACAUGUAUGUAAUUGAUCUUCAACAAUCUAAGCAGUAUUACCUCGAUGAUCAAUUCUACAACCAAUUUCCCAUUGACAAGGAUACAUUAAUCAUCCUCAGUGAACAUAUGAUACAAUUUUUUCUGACAAAUGUUUCUCAGGAUAGUUUGAAUGAUUUCACCAAGAAAGAAGAAUUGGACGAGAAUGUGACACGGAUUGCCACUGAGUGUUUGAGAAUUCGUAGACUACAGCUUUUCAAAGCUAUCGCUUUCAGAGCGGCCAGCUCACGUCACGGCUAUCUGGAUAAUUAUGAUUGGUCGCUGGUGCAAGUGGUCUGCAACGAUCAAAUGGCCAGCAUGCAAAGUUUACUGGUCAAGUUAACUCUAGUCAUUGUUGGAGCUGAUCAACAGCGUCGAACCCUCUCCAUCGAAAUGAACAAACUGGAACUGAGUUCGUUCAUCCAAAUAUUACAGCUUGCGGAAAAGGAUUUACAGGAGCAAUUGUUGUGUAAAGACGUGGCUAAUUUGAUAGUUGCCUAAGUGAUCAAGCACUUGUGAAUGAUUGUACUUGACUUAAAAUGACUUUGUUGUUAUGUGCUUUGCAAUCAAAAUCGAUGCAAUCGAUCCAGGCUGUAUCCUGAUUGAAUCUGAUAAUAAAAAUGGUCAUUCAAAAUUGA